AUGGCUUGCUUGCACGAUCACAGCUGCGAAGAACACGAUUGCUCCUCCGAUUGGUCGCUUUACAAGCAUAUAGAUCUCUCCAAGGUAUCUGCAUUAAACGAGGCUGUUCCAGGAAGUGUGAAGUCAGUAUUCAGAGCCUGGGAGCAGCGUCUGAAUUCUUCCGAGGGUCACUUGGAAAGCAAUGAAGGUGAUCCCGAGUUGAUCGUUUUUAUCCCAUUUACAUCAGAUGUUAAGAUCAAAAGCAUCUCAAUUGUUGGUGGUGCUGAUGGGACUAGUCCUGCAAAGAUGAGAGCUUUCAUCAAUCGGGAUGGUAUUGACUUUUCAGAUGCUCAGAAUAUGCAACCUGUUCAGGAGUGGGACUUGGUUGAAAAUCUGCAAGGAGUUCUGGAGUAUCAGACGAGAUAUUCUAGGUUUCAAAGUGUGGGAAAUAUUACUUUGCAUUUUCCAGAGAAUUUCGGUGGUGAGACAAGUCAAAUACACUACAUUGGCUUAAAAGGAGAAGCAACACAGCUGAAGAGAGAUGUUGUCGCUACCAUUGUUUAUGAAGUCAUGCCAAAUCCUUCAGAUCACAAAACACGAGCUGAGACGGGAAACCCAAAAUCAAAUCAAAAACUCCCAAAAAUCUCCAUAGGCAAAAACCACGCUUGUAGUGGAUCUGCAGUUAUGGGUUCUAUUCAACAGCCAGUUUGGACCAAAGGAUCGGUUUUUCCUUUAAAAGGGCUUGGUGUUGGUGGAUGCUCAAACCAUGUUAAAUUUAUUUCAGUUAAACCCUGCCGUUCGUCUCAACUUGAAGGGAAUUUAGUCAGUGGGAGGCCACCCACUUCUGUGAUUGUUCCUGUGCCUGAAAUUGGAGGUGCUGGGAGUAGCUUUGCAGACGAUAACUUGAGUGAAUCUGAUCCUGAGGUUCGUACCAUUAUUGACAAAGAGAAGAAUCGCCAAUUUAGAAGCUUGGAACUUAUUGCUUCGGAGAAUUUCACAUCUCGAGCAGUGAUGGAAGCAGUCGGUUCUUGUUUAACUAAUAAAUACUCUGAAGGGCUACCAGGCAAAAGGUACUAUGGUGGCAAUGAGUACAUUGAUGAACUUGAAGUUCUUUGUCAAAAGAGGGCUCUUGCAGCAUUUAGUUUGGAUGCAAAGAAAUGGGGUGUAAAUGUUCAGCCAUUAUCUGGUUCUCCAGCUAAUUUUGAAGUUUACACUGCAAUUCUUAAUCCACAUGACCGCAUAAUGGGGUUGGAUUUACCUCAUGGGGGACAUUUAUCCCAUGGGUUCAUGACUCCUAAGAGAAGGGUGUCAGGCACAUCUAUUUAUUUCGAAUCCAUGCCCUAUCGGCUUGAUGAAUCUACAGGCCUUGUGGACUACGAUAUGCUUGAGAAAACAGCUACUCUCUUUCGACCAAAACUUAUUAUUGCUGGUGCUAGUGCUUAUCCUCGGGAUUUUGACUAUCCACGCAUGAGAAAGAUAGCAGAUGCUGUUGGUGCUUUUCUCAUGAUGGAUAUGGCUCACAUUAGUGGACUUGUUUCUGCUGCUGUUGCUGCUAAUCCUUUUGAGUAUUGUGACAUUGUCACAACCACAACACACAAGUCUCUCAGGGGUCCUAGAGGCGGCAUGAUCUUUUUCAGGAAGGAUCCUGUUCUGGGAGUUGAUCUAGAAUCUGCCAUUAACAAUGCUGUUUUCCCAGGUUUACAGGGAGGUCCACAUAACCACACAAUCGGUGGACUCGCUGUUUGUUUGAAAAAUGCAAAAUCACCGGAGUUCAAGGCUUAUCAAAACAAGGUGGUCUCUAAUUGUAGAGCUCUUGCAAGCCGCUUGAUGGAAUUGGGAUACAAACUGGUCUCGGGAGGCAGCGAUAACCAUUUAGUUCUUGUGGACCUACGGCCCUUGGGAAUCGAUGGUGCCAGAGUGGAGAAAAUUCUUGAUAUGGCAUCCAUCACCCUCAACAAAAAUUCAGUACCUGGUGAUAAAAGUGCACUGGUACCUGGUGGAAUACGCAUAGGAUCACCUGCUAUGACUACCAGAGGUUUCCGUGAAGAUGAGUUCGUCUCAGUUGCAGACUUCAUUCACGAGGGUGUGCAAAUUACUCUAGAAGCUAAGAAGUCUGUCUCGGGCUCUAAGGUCCAAGAUUUUAUGAAAUUUGUGACAUCCCCAGACUUCCCAUUGAUUGACCGUGUGUUGGAUCUGCAAAGAAGAGUCGAGGCAUUUACAACCCGAUUCCCAUUACCUGGCUUGUAA